AAUUGUACAUAUCGUAACAUUGACAUUGUAAUUUUCUUCAUUCAAAAGUGCGUAAGAAAAGGAUUGAGCGAGGUAUAAGUCUUAUUGAAGAUUCGACACCAUAAGCAAAAAGAUGUUAUCAACGUGGAGAAGCUGUUGUUUUAACGUGCCACAAAGAUGGCUAUUCGUCUACAUGUCUUUUAUCGCCGUGAUGAUGGGCAAUUCCAUCAGAGUUAUAUUGUCGAUUACAAUCACCAGUAUGGUUUACCCCUUGCACGAAGUUCAUACCUACAUCGAUAACACAUGUCAAGGACCUCAUCAAACUGUCGUGAAAAAUAUGACAUCGUCAGUGGAUACAAUAUAUAAUUGGGAUGAAUACACUCAAGGUAUCAUCCUAUCGUCGUAUUUUUGGGGCUAUGCAGCCACACAAAUUCCUUUCGGAAGACUCGCCGAACGACUUGGUGGAAAAUACAUAUUUGGCAUGAGCAUCUUCGUCCCGUCGAUCUUGACGUUCCUGAUGCCGAUCGGCAUCGAGUGGGGCGAAUCCACGGCUUUGAUAGUGCUCCGCAUGCUCAUGGGUGUGGCGAGCGGUGCCAUGUUCCCGGCCUGCAGCACGCUAAUAUCGUACUGGUCGGCACCCGAGGAGCGCACCAAGAUGUGCACCAUCAUUUUCGCAGGUGCCAUAGCCGGCACGAUUCUCGGCACGACGAUGCCGGCCGUGAUAAUACGCUACUCCGGCUACGGCUGGCCGGCCGUCUUCUACUGGUUCGGAAUCAUCGGCAUGGCUUGGUUCCCCUUCUGGAUCUUUUUCUGCUACAACAGUCCCGAGGAGCAUCCGUUCAUAAUGCAGCAGGAGUUGGAUUAUCUGCGAGAGAGCCUGAAGCAGCAAAAGUCGAAAAAAUCAUCACCAGCUCCGUGGGCGAGUAUAUUAAAAUCGAAGGAAGUCUGGGCGUUCGUUGUCGCGUUGUGCGGGUGUGAUUGGGCAUACUUCACUGUGGCCACCGAUUUACCAAAGUACAUGAGCAGUGUCGUCAAGUUCAGCAUCGAGGAUAACGGCUACCUGUCCUCCCUGCCAUACUUGAGCAUGUGGAUCGGCUCAUUCUUCUGCUCUUGGCUGCUCGAUAAAAUCGUGAAAAAGCAGUGCUUGUCGCUGACCAAUGCUCGCAAAGUCUUCGCAGCGAUAUCGCUCAUGGGGCCGGGAGUAUUCUUAGUCGCCGCCUCGUACGCCGAGUGCAAUCAGAUGCUCGUGGUCGUCAUGUUCGUUCUCGGAUUGACUUUUAUGAGCGCAGCUUAUCCCAGCAUCAUGGUGAAUAAUUUAGAUCUGAGCCCAAAUUUCGCUGGCACCUUGAUGGCGUUGGCCAAUGGAAUUGCUGCUCUAGGGGGUAUACUCACGCCAUACGUAGUGGGUAUUUUGACGCCGCAUCAAACCAUCGGGGAGUGGCGAUUUGUAUUCUGGAUUGUUUUCGGCGUCGCCACCUGUGCAACUGUAUACGUUUUGAUUUUCACCAGUACGGAAGUGCAAUCAUGGAACGAACCACAUAUGGUUGACAAUGAUCUUGAAAAAAAUGUGUCAGAAAAAGAAUACGAGUGUGCCAAGAAAAUUGAUGAAGAGAUUGCACGAUAAAUAACUCUUUUCUUCCAACAAAUAAUGACUUUUUAAAGAGUGACUGAUAAAAACAUGUAUGCAAUGUGAGAUUUGUGAAUAGAAACACUUUUAAUUAAUUUUAGUUCCUAGUCAAUGUCCAAGUAUACUGAUUAAUCAUUUGAACAUUUUUAUCAUAAAAUUUCAUUGAUUUGUCAAAAAUAAUUUUAUUUUUUACGA